AUGGCCACAAACGGCGUGGAAUACGAGUCUAGUGCCGACAGAAAUGUUGAGAUAUGGAAAAUAAAGAAGCUUAUAAAAAGUUUGGAAGCCGCCAGAGGAAACGGCACAAGCAUGAUUUCGCUGAUCAUUCCACCAAAAGACCAGAUAGCACGGGUCAACAAGAUGUUGGCUGACGAGUUUGGUACAGCAUCAAAUAUCAAAAGUAGAGUAAACAGGCUGUCUGUUCUUGGGGCAAUCACAUCAGUACAGCAAAGGCUCAAACUCUACAACAAAGUUCCUCCAAAUGGUCUCGUAAUCUACUGCGGAACAAUCAUCACAGAGGAGGGAAAAGAAAAGAAAGUCAAUAUCGACUUUGAACCAUUUCGUCCAAUCAACACUUCAUUAUAUCUCUGUGAUAAUAAAUUUCAUACAGAGGCAUUAACAGCUCUGUUGGCAGACGAUAACAAAUUUGGUUUCAUUGUAAUGGAUGGUAAUGGAGCUUUGUUUGGGACCUUGUCAGGGAACACAAGAGAAGUCUUGCACAAGUUUACUGUUGAUUUACCGAAGAAACACGGUAGAGGAGGUCAGUCUGCUCUACGUUUUGCUCGUUUGAGGAUGGAGAAGAGGCACAACUAUGUACGGAAGGUAGCAGAGGUGGCAGUUCAGCUGUUCAUCACAAAUGAUAAACCGAAUAUUGCAGGAUUAGUUCUAGCUGGAUCUGCUGAUUUCAAAACUGAGCUCAGUCAGUCUGACAUGUUUGAUCCGCGUCUGCAAGGGAAAAUUAUCAAAAUUGUGGACGUCUCCUAUGGUGGUGAGAAUGGCUUCAAUCAGGCAAUUGAACUUGCAGCAGACUCUUUAGCAAAUGUCAAAUUUAUCCAGGAAAAGAAACUAAUAGGGCGGUACUUUGAUGAGAUCUCACAAGAUACUGGCAAAUACUGCUUUGGAGUUGACGACACACUGAAGGCCAUGGAAAUGGGAGCAGUGGAUAUUCUCAUUGUAUGGGAAAACUUGGACAUUCAGAGAUUUGUUUUAAAAAACCAUACAAAUGAUGAAGAAAAAAUUUUACAUUUGAGGCCAGACCAAGAAAAGGAUAAGACAUACUUCACAGACAAGGAGACAGGGGUUGAGCUGGAGUUGAUAGAACAAAUGCCUCUUCUGGAAUGGUUUGCUAACAACUAUAAAAAUUUUGGGGCCACACUUGAGAUUAUUACAGACAAAUCACAAGAAGGUGCCCAGUUUGUGAGAGGCUUUGGUGGUAUCGGAGGCAUUUUGCGGUAUCAGGUGGACUUCCAGGCUCUAGACCCCCUUCAUAAAGACCUGCUGCUUGACGAUUACGAUCUAGAUGACUACUGA